GACAUAGAGAUGGCUGUGAUUAUCUUUUGUAAGACAGGAAAUGCAAUCUUUAGGGGUCUCUGGAAAUAGAAAGGUCAUGCAGUCUGGAACCUGUGAGCCUUUUCAAUCCCUAAGUCAUCAGAGAAAUGAUGAAGAAGCAGUUGUGGAUAGAGGUGGAACUCGUUCAAUUCUCAAAACACACUUUGAGAAAGAAGAUUUAGAAGGUCAUCGGACACUAUUUAUUGGAGUUCAUGUUCCCCUGGGAGGAAGAAAAAGCCAUCGACGUCACAGGCAUCGCGGUCAUAAACACAGAAAGAGAGAUCGAGAGAGAGAUUCAGGAUUAGAGGAUGGAAGGGAGUCACCUUCCUUUGACACUCCAUCACAGCGGGUACAGUUUAUUCUUGGAACUGAGGAUGAUGAUGAGGAACACAUUCCUCACGACCUUUUCACUGAACUGGAUGAGAUUUGCUGGCGCGAAGGUGAGGAUGCUGAGUGGAGAGAAACAGCCAGGUGGUUGAAGUUUGAAGAAGAUGUGGAAGAUGGAGGGGAAAGGUGGAGUAAACCUUAUGUGGCAACUCUUUCAUUGCACAGCUUGUUUGAAUUGAGAAGUUGUAUUCUGAAUGGAACUGUGCUGCUGGACAUGCAUGCCAACACUUUGGAAGAAAUUGCAGAUAUGGUCCUGGACCAACAAGUGAGCUCAGGUCAGCUCAAUGAGGAUGUACGCCACAGAGUCCAUGAGGCACUGAUGAAACAGCAUCACCACCAGAAUCAGAAAAAGCUUACCAAUAGGAUUCCCAUUGUGCGUUCCUUUGCUGAUAUUGGCAAGAAACAAUCAGAACCAAAUUCCAUGGAUAAAAGUGCAGGUCAGGUUGUUUCUCCUCAGUCUGUUCCAGCCUGUGUUGAAAAUAAAAACGAUGUGAGCAGGGAAAACAGCACUGUUGACUUUAGCAAGGUUGAUCUGCAUUUUAUGAAGAAGAUUCCUCCAGGUGCUGAAGCUUCAAAUGUCUUAGUUGGAGAAUUGGAGUUUUUGGAUCGAACUGUGGUUGCAUUUGUCCGGUUGUCUCCAGCUGUGUUGCUUCAAGGACUGGCUGAGGUCCCAAUCCCAACCAGAUUUUUGUUCAUUCUUCUGGGACCCCUGGGAAAGGGUCAACAGUACCAUGAGAUUGGAAGAUCAAUUGCAACCCUAAUGACAGAUGAGGUAUUUCAUGAUGUUGCUUACAAAGCUAAAGAUCGUAAUGACUUGGUAUCAGGAAUUGAUGAAUUUCUGGAUCAGGUUACUGUUCUCCCUCCUGGAGAAUGGGAUCCAAGCAUUCGAAUAGAACCUCCCAAAAAUGUCCCUUCCCAGGAGAAGAGGAAGAUUCCUGCUGUACCUAAUGGAACAGCAGCUCAUGGGGAAGCUGAGCCCCACGGAGGACAUAGUGGACCUGAACUCCAGCGAACUGGAAGGAUUUUUGGGGGACUUAUUUUAGAUAUCAAAAGAAAAGCUCCAUACUUCUGGAGUGACUUCAGAGAUGCUUUCAGCCUGCAGUGCUUAGCAUCUUUUCUAUUUCUCUACUGCGCCUGUAUGUCUCCUGUCAUCACUUUUGGAGGACUGCUGGGAGAAGCAACUGAAGGUCGAAUAAGUGCAAUCGAAUCUCUCUUUGGAGCAUCCAUGACUGGGAUAGCCUAUUCUCUCUUUGGUGGACAGCCUCUUACCAUAUUAGGCAGUACAGGACCAGUUUUGGUGUUCGAAAAGAUUUUGUUUAAGUUUUGCAAAGAAUAUGGGCUUUCAUACCUAUCUUUAAGAGCUAGUAUUGGACUUUGGACUGCAACCCUGUGUAUCAUACUUGUGGCUACUGAUGCCAGCUCCCUUGUCUGCUAUAUCACCCGGUUUACUGAAGAAGCGUUUGCUUCUCUUAUUUGCAUCAUUUUCAUUUAUGAGGCUCUGGAGAAGCUUUUUGAACUCAGUGAAGCAUAUCCAAUCAACAUGCAUAAUGAUUUGGAACUGCUGACACAAUAUUCGUGUAACUGUGUGGAACCACAUAAUCCUAGCAAUGAUACAUUGAAGGAAUGGAGGGAGUCCAAUAUUUCUGUCUCUAAUAUAAUUUGGGAGAACCUAACUGUGUCGGAAUGCAAGUCACUGCAUGGAGAGUAUGUUGGACGAGCCUGUGGCCACGAGCACCCAUAUGUUCCAGAUGUUCUAUUUUGGUCAGUGAUCCUGUUCUUUUCCACAGUUACUCUGUCAGCCACCUUGAAGCAGUUCAAGACUAGUCGCUAUUUUCCAACCAAGGUUCGAUCCAUAGUGAGUGACUUUGCUGUUUUUCUUACAAUUCUGUGUAUGGUUUUAAUUGAUUAUGCCAUUGGGAUCCCGUCUCCAAAACUACAAGUACCAAGUGUUUUCAAGCCCACAAGAGAUGAUCGUGGCUGGUUUGUUACACCUUUAGGCCCAAAUCCAUGGUGGACAGUAAUAGCUGCUAUUAUUCCAGCUUUGCUUUGUACUAUUCUAAUUUUUAUGGACCAACAGAUUACAGCUGUCAUCAUCAACAGAAAAGAACAUAAACUAAAGAAAGGUUGUGGGUACCAUCUGGAUCUGUUAAUGGUGGCUGUCAUGCUUGGUGUGUGCUCCAUCAUGGGCCUGCCAUGGUUUGUGGCUGCCACUGUCCUCUCCAUCACUCAUGUCAACAGCCUAAAACUGGAAUCAGAAUGUUCAGCUCCAGGAGAACAACCCAAAUUUCUUGGCAUUCGGGAACAAAGGGUUACUGGGCUUAUGAUUUUUAUUCUUAUGGGCUCAUCAGUCUUUAUGACCAGUAUUCUGAAGUUUAUUCCUAUGCCAGUGCUGUAUGGAGUGUUUCUUUAUAUGGGUGCUUCAUCUCUAAAAGGAAUUCAGUUCUUUGACAGAAUAAAGCUCUUCUGGAUGCCUGCAAAACAUCAACCAGAUUUUAUAUAUCUAAGGCAUGUACCACUUCGAAAAGUCCAUCUCUUCACAGUUAUUCAGAUGAGUUGCCUUGGCCUUUUGUGGAUAAUAAAGGUUUCAAGAGCUGCUAUUGUCUUUCCCAUGAUGGUGUUAGCUCUGGUAUUUGUAAGAAAGUUGAUGGACUUUUUGUUUACCAAACGGGAACUCAGCUGGUUGGAUGAUUUAAUGCCUGAGAGUAAGAAAAAGAAACUAGAAGAUGCUGAAAAAGAAGAAGAACAAAGCAUGCUAGCUAUGGAAGAUGAGGGCACAGUACAACUCCCAUUGGAAGGGCACUACAGAGAUGAUCCAUCUGUGAUCAAUAUUUCUGAUGAAAUGUCAAAGACUGCCUUGUGGAGAAACCUUCUGAUUACUGCCGAUAACUCAAAAGAUAAGGAGUCAAGCUUUCCUUCUAAAAGCAUUGAAAGCCGAAAAGAGAAGAAAGCUGACUCAGGGAAAGGUGUUGACAGGGAGACUUGUCUAUGACUUGAUCUUCAAUUUAUUUUUUACAUAUAUAUGAGAAGAGUGCCACGAUUAUUAAUAAAACUGCUUUGAUCAUGUAUUAUAAAUUCUGUCUUUCAUCCCAAAUCCACCUUCAUACUGUAAGUAGUGCAAUAUUUGUUUCAUUUCUGUGUUUAAACUUCUGAACAGUGAGACACCCUCGUGAGCAUAUGCAACAACUAAUGCAAGAAUCUCUGUGUUCCUUGCUGUAUUUUAGACAUUUGUAAACACUAGAUUCUCAUUGUCAGUUUUACGAGAGCAAUAGCUUUCUUAAAGAGAUAAGUCAUAUUUACCUAGUUUGUAUUUUCCUACUUAGGAACAUGAAGAUACCUGAUAAUUUCAUUCAGAAGAAUUUUGAAAGGUAGACUUACUUCUUUUAAUUUUUUAUAGCUUAGCAUUAGUGACUUAUUUCAAAAGACCCAAAUCAAAAAGUUAGUUUGAAAGCAUUUUUAAAAAUUGUAUUUAUGCAUUUCCUUGAUUUAAUAUGAUACAUUUAAUACUUAAGAAUUUAUAUGAAACUAAAACUUAAAGUCAUUUGAAAAAAUAUAUAUGGAAACCUCUUCACAACUUGUUUAAAAGAAUCAGAUACUAAUGCAAAGAGUCAAGUAGUAUUUGCUUAAAAUUCGAGUUGUGAUUACAUGAUCAAAUACCAGGCUUGUAUGAAAUGCUUUAGAAAAACUUUGUAAGUUUUGUGAGAUUUUCAAUAUAAACCUUUAUCAGAAAUAUGCUGUUAAAUUUAUCUCCAUUGAAAACAAGCGUUUUCCAAAUAAACCUAUUAUAUACAUACUCGUGGAAUGCCACAAGAUGAGUCAUUGUACAUGAAAUUCCACCCCUGUACAGCUAUUCCACUGCUAAAGGUCACGUACUGCUUAAUGCUGCUUCUGAGUCAUGUUCUAAUGUUAGACUGACAGGUCUUCAAUUGUCAUUUUUUUCUGCAAAUCUCUUUUCCAUUUUUAAUUAAAUGCAUGUUGUAGAAAAAUAAUCUUUUAAAUGAAAAUUUCAGAUUCUGUUUGAGCAGCUUCUGUAGAUAUUUCAGUCCAUAUGAAAUAAUCCAUCUUUACUAAGUUUAUAUAAGAGGAAGGAAAGUUAAGGAUUUUUGAGCCUUACUAAACAAACAGUAUCUUAUUUCAUUUUACAUAAAUGUGGAUUAAUAACGACAAAAAUCUCAUAGUGCUCGUUCCUAAGAAUGACGAAUUGUCAUCAACCUUAUCAACUUCAGUGUCCAAUUUUACAAUAAUUCAGAGCCCUGUGGCUUUUCAAAACUAUUAAUUACAUAUUCUAAGUGUAAGUGCACAUGAAAACUGAAAAAAAAAUCCUCUUGUAAUUAAGUUUAUGAAGGAAAAACAACAACAACAAAGCCUCCAAUAGGUUCAAAUUCCCCUCAUAAUCUUUCAAGGAGCCAUUUCUUUUAUGGAACAUAAGCCUAAAAAAUAUAAGAAGAGUUUGCAGUUAAUAAAGUCUGUGUUUAUAAAUGCCAAGGGAAAAUAGAAACUUUCCAUUCCAAAUGUAUCACCUUUGUGUAUUUUAUAAUACAGAUACUACAUGUAAACAUUCCCAUUGUUUUAUGAUUUAGACUAGCUGUACGUGCCAGUUAGUCUCAAAGGCAGCCUCCUAAUGUUUCAAUAUUAAUAACUGUUCUGUUUAAAAUGAUCAUAGUGAAUUAACACCUUCACGUGAUCACCUAUUUGAAUGAACACUCAUAUCCGAUAAAAUUCUGUAUUUCUGAGUAUUUUUAUAGUCAUUUUGUCCUCGUGUGAAUUUUCAUGCUAUCCCUAUG